AUGCCAUCGUCUGUUCGUCCCUAUAUCAACAAGUCUAGCGCAAGCAGAACUUUCUCAAAAUCAGAUCAUGAUCGUCUGGCAACACUUUCUAGAGAAAGCCAGUCAUCAGAGCCCUCCCCGCCGUUCAAUACAAGCAACGUAACAACAUUUCCGCAGCCCGAAACUACAGAUACGGUCCAGUCUUUUGGAGACUUGAUGAACAAGGACGAAGACCACCGAGCUGAGACUUUUGCGUCCGGCGGGGCUACCACUGAGACACCUGCUGCACUUCCGAUUUUCAACUCGCCAUCCGUAUCGAUAGAUACUGUCCACGGUGUAAUCACUACUGAAGUCGGUCGGUUUCCAAGAAACAGCAAAUUUGCCGGGUUGAGCUCUCCUCAGGUCUUUGCAAAAUCAGCCGAGGAGCACUUCAAAGGCAUCGCACCUCACAUCAAUGUGAUGGAUUUUUUCUGCCCUACUAUGAGUUUUGCGGAGGAACUACCAAACCAGCCAACCGAACAUCGGCCACUUGUGGUCAAAGAAAUUGCCGACGUUUGUAUUCAGCGCUUUCUCAGCACCUACAACCAACUAUUUCCAAUUCUUAAUUCUAGAGCCUUUUGCGAAGCUUAUCUACAGUUUUACGAUGCGGGGAAGUGCUCUGACUCGGCAGUCGUUGCAUGCUUCUAUUUCGCCAUUGCUCUAGGCUCUGAAGACGAGGAGAUUGGUGACCUACAUUCCCAGGCGGCUUGCAAGCUCCAAGGCGAGUUACUGGCCAGGCCUUAUAUGUCUAGUGUGCAAGCCUUGAUCUUGAUGGUGAGAUCACCACUAAUCAUUGCGAUCUCUGAGGUAGCUAAUUAG